AUGAAAUACACCUUCAAUAAGUUCUGCAAGAUCGGACAAGCACCUGAACAGUCGUGGUGCAGGAGCAGAGAUUCGGUUGUGAGGCGGCUGAAAGAGCUGCGGGACGUGCUAUGUAAACUGGGCCGAGAGCUGCCGUGGCUGAGGGGCGGCGAGGUGGAGCCCAACACCGUGGUCAAACUGGUGGAUGACAUCUUGAAGAACCGCAAGGCGUUGCUCAUGAGGGCCGUUAGAAACUACGAACAACAACUGCAAAAUGAGACCCAAAUGACAGAAUGCGACAAAGAGCCAUCAGAUUCAAACUGCUCUGAUUCACCUUCCUCAAAGACUCCUGAGCUCGUGCAUGCCGGUCAGGCAGAAUGUGAGAAUCCUCCUGAUAAGGAAGCCACAGAUUGUCAACUACCACCAAACCACUGGAGUAAAAGGCACUUGUUUUUACCUCCCUGCGUGAAGAGUCGCAAGCGGCGGAAGGUUGACGCUCUGCAGCUGAAAGUGACCGGAGAUGAAGACAUAUCAGACAAUGAAAUAGAAUCAUACACUCUUAAAAAAUGCGGGGUUAAAUAUAACCCAGCGCUGGGUUAUAUUUAACCCCGCAUUUUUUAGAGUGUACAUUCACUCUCGGGAUGAAAUGGAAAUGUAUCGAAAGGUUCGGAAGGAGCUAAAGGAGGCAUAAUUGUGUCAUAGUGUUAACGUAUAAUUAAUUGCUGCUGAUUUCCUGAUACCAUCAGUUUUUUUUGUUAUUACAUUGAUUUAAUUUAUUUCAAAGAUUGCACUGAUUGUUCUGUUCAUUGUUAAUAAAUGCAUUUUUGUUUGAA